AGCUGCAGCUGAAUGUAACAAAGGCAUAGAAGUAUUAUUUGCAGUGGCUCUGGAACAUUUUGUCUUGGUGGUUGUGAGAGUUUUGAGGGGGCCUACUUCUGCAGAUGAAACAGCCAAGAAGAUACAGUAUCUGAUACAUUGUCAGUAGUGUGAAGAGAGAAUUUUUCAGAAGGAUGGUAAUAUAGUAGAAGAAAACCGUAUAGACAGCUGCCCUGUAACUGUCAUGGAAGCAUGCCUGUAACUGUCAUGGAAGCAUGCCUGGAAGCAGCAAUAGAACUUGGACCUCUAUGGUCAAGCUCCCUCUUCAAUACUGGAUUUCUCAAAAGAAUGCUAUUUGAAUCUCUUCACCAUGGUUUAGAUGACAUUCAGCCCCUAAUAAAGACAUUAAUCUUUGAGUCAGAGUGUAAUCCUCAAAGUCAGUUUUCAGUUCAUUCACCUUCAAAUCUCACCAAGCAAGAAUGUGAUAUAUCUAUUAAAACUACAGAUGAUAUCACAACAGAUAAUUACAUUGCACAAGGAAAAAGAAAAUGUACUGAAAAAAUCACAAAUUUAGCCAAGAAACAAAAGACUGAUUCCAGUACUGAACAUCCUCCCUUUUAUUACAACAUCCACAGACACAGCAUUAAAGAAAUGAAUAUGCCAAAAUUAAAAAAGUUUCUGUGCUAUCUUUCUCAAGCAGGCUUUAGAGUGAGCCGAACUCAUUUUGACCCAAUGGGUGUCCGUACAGAUGCACCUCUGUUGCAGUUUAAAUCUAUCCUUUUAAAGUACAGCACUCCCACCUACACUAGAGGACAGUAAGAGGGCCAUGUCCAG